AUGCCUCGCGCGUCAAAUUCAGCAAAGCGACACCAGGCAGCGAGCAAUCAGCGCGACACCCGCCACGAGAAUGGCCUGGUAGGCCCCGGCAAGCGCGUCAUCAAGCGAAAGAGCCAAACCCAGCUUGAUGACGGCUCCAAGCUCGCCGUCGACAGCGCCUCGGUGCCGCCCGUCCCCCCUCUUCCCACUACUCUGAAUGGUUUCGCCACACAUCUCGACGACAUGCCCCCCGAGCACCGAGCGACCGAGCUGCUGCGCCGCGGUUCUCUGGGCACCUAUUCUGAGUCCUCGUCCACCGAUUCGCUCCCCGCCCCUUCCGCGCAUGAUGUCUCCGAAGCAACCCAUCGGCGGAUCGAUGUCAACGAUGCGAAGAAUACCAAUGUGCACCGCGACCCGGGCCCCUUGGAUCUUGCCAUCACCGUGCUCCGGUCCUGCCCCCUGGCCGACACCAUUGCCAUCUUGAUCAUCCUCAUGCAGGCGUCGCCCGCUGUCUUGGCCACCAUCUACAUGCUCUUCACUGUUCUCACUUUUGUCCCUCCGGUGACCACCAGCUCGGGUCUCAGUAUCACCGAGAUCUUUGACGGCAGCCAGGGCAUCCCCUCCCUGUGGACGUUAAUCUGGAUGGAUGUUAUCAUGUUGCUCAUAUGGUUGUUUCUCUGGGCGCCGGUCCAGCAGUUCAUACUGGAUCUCGCUCAAGUUGUCAUCUCGUAUACGUUAGGAGGCGGAGGCACAUCUCGGCAGGGAACAACCCCCGGUAUCGUGCUCUGUGUUGGCAUUGUCGGCGUGACGCAUUGGAUUCAAAAGUGGAAUGGGCUGUCUCGGUUUACAACAAUAUUUGGCUCGACCCGUCUUCUAUCUUCCGACGCCGAGCCGAGUCUACGCAUGUUCGAUAAGAAGGGCCCCUACGGAUGGGUAAGGAGCGUUUUGGCGAUCCACAUCCUCACACAGGGCAUUGUUCGAUGCAUCCGAGAAUGGUAUCUGCGCAGGGAGCGGCGGGACUUGCAGUCACAGGGCCUUUUAGACCCUGAGUCUGGCAAGACGGUGUCGUUUCCAGGAGAAGGUUGUUCCGAUGUCGCCCUUAUGGCGGCCGACAGCGAUGCUCACCUACAGACAAGCGCGGCCCAUCUCACCAGCAAGAAAAGGAGGAAACAGAGCGCCCAGGUCAGGAUCAAGCAGCCGCUCUGGGCCGCACUUGCUAGCACCAAGAUUGUCAUGGUCAAGGAGUACGAGUUGUCGCACGCAGCAAGCGAGUCGGCUGGCUCCAAUGCCACGGACAUUCACAAUCUUGGUAACGCGCCCUUUCACACCCAACCUGAACAAGUAUGGAUCUGCUACGUCGGUUGCGACGAAGUUUGUUUUAACACCAGUCACUUUCCGGACGUUGAGGACGACGACGACGUGCCUCUCGAAGAGAGCAAUCAAGGGAUCGAUGCUUCCAAACCAUUCUACGUCCGGGUCAACAAGGCGAUUUGGCAGCCAACGCGAAUUAUCCCGAUUGAGAACCCAGAGGAGGAAAACUACGAGGGCACGCGUUGGACCGGCGACAUUUAUGGUCUGACCCCUCUAUCCAACUACGAAUGCGAGUUCAUCAGCACACGGACGGGUGAGGUGUUGUUUUCGACAAGCAUUCGAACCGUCGCAGCGAAGAGCAAGGACACUGAAGCUGCGCCCACAACCAAGCCGCGGUCACAUUCGCGCCAUGACUCCCCCGCCACAACGCUUCGAGCCUCGAUCGCGGCAGCCGAGGUGAAACUUGCCGACGAAAAGGCUCGCCUCAAGGCUGUCCGGAAGGACAAUAACCGGAAGCUCAAUGCUACCCGGAAAGAGAUCGAGAAGCUCACAUCAGCCGUUCAAACUGCUGGGGGUGACGACGAGAAAUUGCGACAGAAGAUCGCCCAGAACAAAAUCCAGGAGAAACGUGCCGAGGAAUCUACCUGCGAGCUGGAGGCCCAGCUCAGGGAGCUCGAGGCAGUACCGGAGAAACUGGUCAAGGAGCACCGCGCGAAGCAUGACGAGUGGGCGUCGGAGAAGGCCAAGUUUGAUAAGGCCCGGGCAUCGUUCAAGACUUUCAAGUCGUCGAUCGACAAGCAGAUCAAGGCUCUGGAUGAGGAGAAGGCCACCCUGCAGGCGAAGAGGAACAAGAUCGCUGCUCGCAUCGCCAAGGUUGACGACGAGCAUGCGCGCAUAACGGAUGCGAAUGCCCGGGGGUUAAACGAGGCCGAGCGGCGUCGUCAAGAGCGCGCCAACCUCGCCGCGGAACUGGCGCGAGCCGAGCAGAAUCUCCGAGACAGGGUCCAGGCCCUGCGCCUCAAUAACGCCACCAAGCAAGCCCAAGUCCACGCCAUGGCAGCCCACAUGCAGGAGUACCUCGCCAGCUUCCAAAAGGAGCCCACCUACGACAUGGGCCCGCAGCCGAACCACUUCACGUCCGCUGGGCCCUGGGCGACCAUCCCCGCCCCCCAGUUCAACCCGCAGCCUGCAUGGCCACCGGUAUCGAUGCCCAUGUCCACCCACGCCACGCCCCUCAUGGCCCACGCCCAGCUAUCCACCUUCUCGACCCCAAUGCAAGCCGCCCUCAGCACCCCGCCGCGGCCUCACCGGAUGCGGGGCCGCUCCUCGUCCAUGCUCAGCGACGUCUCGGGCUUCACACAGUCCACCGACGAAGACGACCACGACAGCGGCAACAGCCUCAACAACGCGAGCACCGUCGUCGGCGCGCCCGUCGGCGCCCACCACUAUACCCGCGGCGGCGGACUCCUCGGCGGCAGCGGCGGCAGCGGCGGCAGCAGCAGCAGCCCGUACGGCAUGUCGGCCGGCACGGCCACCACCACCACCACCACCACCACCACCACCACCCUGCGGGGCCCGCCCCCCGGCUUCCACGUCAAGAGCGGGUCGGCGUUUGGGUCGGGGUCGGGGUCGGGAUCCGGCUCGUUGGGUUCCGGCUCUGGCGGCUCGGGCUUCGGGUCCGGCGGCUCGGGCCGCAGCAGCGUGCGCUCGGGCAGUGGCAGCGGUGCGUCGUUGGGCGCGGCAGAGGCCGUCAGUCCGAUUUGA